UGAAGUUUCCCUCUUUUUUUCGUUGUAUUAUAAUGCUUCCCAUGUCACAAUAUUGCAUAGCACCGUCAUACACAGCACAUCACGCGUUCAGUUUAAUCAAUUUUCAACGUCGCCAAGGAUACCGUAAUAAACAAGGCGAACUCGUGUUUCCUAUUCAGUUGUUCAGUACAAACGUUCAGAGAUUCGGACGAUUCCACGGAUAUUCAUUUCAAUAGAGAAAAACUUCUCAAGUUCAGUGAACUACCGGCUUUGAGAGGCUGGCGAGGGAUUAGUGAUAUUUUUUUGAAAAAUGGUUCGUUUACACGUGAAAAAGGGCGACGAGAGUCAAUUCCUUUAUGACGCAAGCGUGGAAGAUGGUGUUGACAGUGUGAUAAAUAACAUUACCAUCAUCUAUAAUGGUCGAUUGAAGAUUUCAAGAAUUUGUUACGAAAUUGAAGAACUGGCCAAGCAUGGCACUAUGCUGCCACACGAGAUGAUGGGCCUCACGGAUGAGCAAAUCGAGGAGCUUAAACUGAAGGAUGAAUGGGCUGAGAAAUCGACGCCGAUGGGUGGAUGGACGUUCAAUAAGGAUGUGAUCGGACGUCGAAGUGGUCGUCAGCCCAAUGAAAAAAUGCAGGAAAUUUUGAAGAAAGCCAUUCACGAUGUUCGCGCGAUGACUUCAAAGAAAUUAGUUCAGCAAGACAAGCUCGUGACUCAAAAAAUUGUUCAAGAAGCUCUAGACAUUUUACGCGGUGCUGUGACUAUAGUUUACCCCAUGGGGUUGCCACCCCACGAUGUUAUACGACAGGAAUUCGAAAAUAACGAGGAUCUCACUGGGACUCAAGCUUCGUUAGAGGUUAUGGACGUGCAGACAGCCCAGUUAUGGUUCUCUGGUAAAGAGAUGCUGCGUGAGAAGAAACUAAAGGAUUUCUUAGGACGCAACGAAAAAUCCAAGGUGAUCGUCAAACUUCACAAACGGGGCUCCGGGAAACCGGCGCGAGAGCCAUUAAUGUCGGAGGAUGAACGUAAACAACUGAUGGUGCACGCUUACAGGCGUCAGGAGGAACUAAAG